AUGGAGAACUCUCUUUUCGUUGGUCUUAAUAAUGAGGCUGAGUACUGGCGACAGAAAGCUGAAGAAUAUCGUAAAGGUAUGGAAGAAGUUCGAGAGGAGUUCGAAGAAUUUCGGACCAGUUCACAAGAAUUAGAACAAGAACUUGAAACACAUUUGCGGCAACUGGAAGUGCGUAACAAAGAACUUGUUGUGUUAUGUGAGAAGCUAACUGUUGAAAAGGAGAAAUAUCAAAAUCAAGUGGAAAUUAAUAAACGAAAUGUAAAUCACGAAAUCACCAGACUUCAAGAUGAGUUAGAAAAGUCGAAAGUAGAUCAAGAAAAAAUGCACAAAUAUAUCCGUGAAUUGGAACAGCUAAAUGACGACUUAGAGCGCUCUAAAAGAGCAACAGUCGUUACACUAGAAGAUUUUGAAUCCCGCCUAAACCAGUCCAUUGAGAGGAAUGCGUUCUUGGAAAAUGAAUUAGAUGAAAAGGAGGAUUUGGUAGUGACUGUUCAGCGACUUAAAGAUGAAACUCGUGAUCUCCAUCAAGAGUUGGCUAUUGCCCGCCGUCAAGUUGAAUCGAUCCCUACUCAAGAAAUGAAUAGUGGGAGCAAUCCACGUCCUAAAAAAACUACCAGUAGAAGUGCAAAAGAUUCUGAAGUACAAACAGAUAUUAGUUAUUUGCGUGAUUCAGUAAUCCCUCUGCCUGCUAGAUUGUGCGCUAAAAAAUUGGUAAAUAAUGUAUUACAGACAAUCGAAAAAGUAGAAUUGAAUUUAUCUAUAUUGUAUAGAAUCUAUAACGAAAAUCCGCCUCCAAUACCAGCUGAUCGCCUUCACUUACUCUCACGUCCUUCUGACUCUUAA